AUGGUGGCAAUCUCUUUGGAAGGAGAUGAAGACAUUCCAGAUAUGAUGACGAACUUCGAUAAGAUCAAGAGUAUCUUGCAGCUCAAGCUGAACCCAUGUUAUGAAAAACCAAUCAUCAAACGUUUGGUUAACAAUGCAGUUGCUCGUUCUUUGAGAGAGCUGAGAUUGAAGAUGGUUUACAACUCAUUCGAGUUGCCUGAAAGCUUGUUUUCCUGUCCACAACUUGAAACCCUAAAAUUGGAGACACUAAGUCUUGUGGAUGUUCCACCUAAUGCUGAUUUGACCUGCCUAAAACAUCUCCACCUUUUAUCGGUUAAGUUUUCAUGCGACGAAUCUGUGAAAACGCUUCUAAGCAUAUGCCCACGUCUUGAAGAAUUGGUUGUGAGACGAAGCUCAUAUACAAAUGUGAAGAUAUUUGCCAUCAAUGUCCCUACGCUGAGGAGUUUGUCUAUUGAUAAUUCGUCUGGGAAAUCUAGGCCUAAAGGUGUUCACGGGUUUUUGAUUAAUGCACCUUCUUUGAGGUGUUUUAGCAUUAGGGAUAGCUUCAGCAACUAUUUACGGUUUAGAAAUAUGCCAAAGCUGGUUAAGUCUACUGUCAACGUUGUUAGUGACAUUAUGAUACGAUGA